GAAUUUAUUGAACAUCUGAGAGACUGCCAGCUUCUCAAGAAGGACUCUGUUCCUUGAAGUUAGAUAAUGAUGACCAUGACGUCCGUUUUAGAAAUCCUUUCAUGGAGCUGCUAGAAAAUGUUCAAAAACAAAUUUCUCUCUUCUCUUUUUUCGAUCGACACCGUAAGUGGUAGGAGCUGCACUGUGUUAAAACCCGCCCUCUGUCCAUUCGACGUCUCAAAUUGGCGUACACUUUCCAUUGCGGAUCUAAAAGACUUUCUGUGUUACUGGUGUACCCUAACAGACAUGCUCGAAAUUAUCCUUCGAAGACCCCUAGAAUCUAUCAGGGUAUUUCUUCGUGGAACUCAAAUUAUGUUACGAACAUUUUUUUAGAUCAGUGGAGUUGGAAUACUCACUCAAAAUGAACCAAAUAAUUAUCCCAAAAACUUACUAUCCGGGUUAUAGACACUUUUAAUAUCACGUUUUGUGUUUACUGAUGUAAUCCAUAUCAAGCUUUUCAGGUUACAAGAAAGUUUUGAUCUGCAAACGUGCCUGUUCAGCAUGAUAACAAAAUGUAAAUUAUUAUGCAUUAUCAGCUGUUUGAGUUAUUGUUUCUAGUAUCGUGAACGGAAGUCCGUGGCAAAGAUCUUAAUUCGUACCUCAAAGGCGGAAAGAUCAUACGUGGUAUUGUCGACAGAAUAAGAUUCAAUGAAUAGAAAUGCCAUACUCCUUGAUUUAGAGAUCAAGAAUUAAGUAACUCCGCUCAAAAUCCAUUAUAUGCGUUGCAGUAUAAAUUACAUUGUGUUUAGAUGACACCAAUAAUAGUCUGUUGCGUUGUGUGACCUGGUAAAUGUGGUUUCGAAAUGGCUGUGGAGUCUACUAAGCCUCGUAAGGAAACCUGUAAAUUGUGGCGUAGGAAUUACAUGAAUACGAAACACUGCGCAGUCGCGCAGUGUGCGCGCGCAUACGGAAAUGGGUCUACUUUAUGCUACCGCGGCGUAAUCUGUUGUGAAUAUUCGGCAUUUAUCAUUUAUAAAUGAAAUGGUAAUGGUUUUAGCAAGGAGGGCGUGGUUAAAGCGUUGGAACAGUGGAGUGUUAACAGAUUGGGAUACAUAGUAAUUGCAUACAAGAUGGGAGAAAAUCCAACAGAUUCUGGUCGUAUAUUGAAGAUGGAGGUUGACUAUAGUUCAACAUGUGAUGAUAAAAUACCAGAAUGCCAGAAGUUAGCAAAAGAUGGGAAAAUACAGGAUGCACUUGAUACUCUUUUAGCCCUUGAGAAACAGACUCGAACUGGAGCAGACAUGGUAUCUACAGGCCGUGUGUUGGUGGCAAUUGUACAGAUCUGCUAUGAGGCAAAAAAUUGGAAUGCUCUUAAUGAGCAUGUUGCCUUAUUAGCUAAACGUCGAAGUCAGCUGAAACAAGCUGUAGCCAAAAUGGUGCAAGAAUGUUGUACGUAUGUUGAGCAAACUCCAGACAAGGAGACAAAACUUAAACUGAUUGGUACAUUGAGAAAUGUCACUGAAGGGAAGAUCUACGUUGAAGUAGAAAGAGCUCGUUUAACGCACAAAUUAGCAAAAAUGAAGGAAGAAGAAGGAAACAUUAUUGAAGCAGCAAACAUCAUACAAGAACUGCAAGUUGAAACAUAUGGUUCCAUGGAGAAACGUGAAAAGGUUGAGUUGAUCCUGGAGCAGAUGCGCCUCUGCCUCGCCAAGAAAGAUUAUAUCCGAACCCAGAUCAUAUCCAAAAAAAUUAACACAAAAUUUUUCGAUGAUGAUGGGACACAGGAUUUGAAACUGAAAUUUUAUCGGUUGAUGAUUGAGCUUGAUCAACAUGAGGGUUCAUACUUGGCAACUUGCAAACACUACCGCGCUGUUCUGAACACACCGUCCAUCCAAGAAGACGCUUCUCAGCGCCACCAGGUGCUGCAGAAUGUGGUAUUGUACUUGGUGUUGGCACCGUACGAUAAUGAGCAAGCCGACCUCACGCACCGCGUACUUCAAGACAAGUUAUUGGAGGAGAUCCCCAUGUACAAAGAGUUACUGCGUUUGUUCAUAAAUCCAGAGCUGAUUAAAUGGUCGGGUUUAUGCGACAUCUUUGAAAAGGAGUUGAAGCAGGGUUCAGCCAAGUGCAAAGCAACGGAUGUUUUCAACCCGGACACCGAGGAGGGCGAGAAGAGGUGGAAAGAUUUGAGGAGUAGGGUUGUUGAACAUAAUAUUCGUGUGAUGGCCAAGUAUUACACUAGAAUAACUCUGAAGCGAAUGGCUGAACUUUUGGAUCUACCUGUGGAGGAGACAGAGGAUUUCUUGUCAAAUCUUGUAGUAAACAAGACGGUUCUGGCCAAGACAGACCGGCCGGCCGGUGUAGUGAGCUUCACACAAAGCAAGGAUCCAAAUGAUGUUCUUAAUGAUUGGUCCAAUCAUCUCAGCUCCUUAAUGCAACUUGUGAAUAAAACGACACAUCUCAUUAAUAAAGAAGAAAUGGUGCAGAAACACUUGUUGUCCGUCAGAGAAUGAGUGAUCUGGCGCUGAUCAUGAAGUGAUGUACUCAUGUUUGUAAUGUCAAAACAAGUGAAACCCCCUUAUGAAUUUCUUCCGUAGCGUCUUUUUUCUUAUAAUUAUGUCAAAUGUUUAUAUUCCUUCAGAAAUUAAUUUCCUUGGACAAGGUGUACAUUGAAAGAGCCAGGUUAGCUCAGUCAGUGUAGCGACACUACGGACUGGACGACCGGGGUUUGAUUCCCGACAGGCAGAGGAUUUUUCCUGUAGCGUCUGCGUCCAGACCGGUUCUGGGGCCCACCCAGCCUCCUGUCCAAUGGGUACGGGGGUAAAGCGCGGCUGGGGCGUGACGACCACUCGCGCCCCCCGUCUAGUGCCAAGGUCGAGAAUGAGUAGGAGCUAUACCUGCUCUCCCCCCAAGCGCCGACAUGGUGUACAGUGGGACGGCUUUUCUUUUAGGUGCACAUUAAAAACAAUAAAGAAAUGUAGCGAUGCUAAGAGGAUUUUUGAUGAUAUACAUUGUCCAGUUGAUCUACUGUUCGAUGGUUACUAAUUUCAGAAAUUUGAGUUUGAUGUUCAGAUUUGUUGCUCGUUAUAGAAAUUUGAAAUGUGGCUUUACUUUAGAAACAUCGUAUUUGCACCAAACAUUAAAUUUGUUAUGGCGUAUGUAGGUGCACUUAUAUCUGUGUUACGCAAAUUUGAAACAUUUCUCCAGCCCUGACAGGUUGUCUUUUUUUUUACGAACGUGGGAUAGCGAUUCACGAGUUACGAAGGAGCUUCGUAAGAGGGUUUUGCCGUAUCUGUGUUGUUUUGCACUAAUAAGUCGACGUAGAUCUUGGCGUUGUAUUGUUUGCUGUAAUUUUCUGAGUGCAGUAAAGGAAUUUCAUUUAAAAGAAAUUAUUCUUUUU